CAAUCCGUGAUUCCCGGCUCCUCCCAUACAAACGAUAUCUUACCUGGAUUGCGAUGCACACUUGAAGAGCCGCAUCCUCUGAUCACGCUCCGCGCAUUCGUCGCCCUCGACCGAAGCUCCCCAUCUCCACAACAGCAAGGCUUCACGCCAGCUGGCCUUACGUUCAAGAUGAAGCUAUGGCGGACCUCCGCCCUGCUGCUAUUAGCAGGCAUCACUGCGGUCACAGCCGUGGACGUUACUCUGACUCCUGAUGACACUCAAAAAUGCUCCGGAAUGUACAGCAAGAAGUCAUGGGGCGGCAAAGUAGAACCGUACAUCAUGGUCAAGUUCCUCAAGCAGGAGGAGAAUACAGAGAAAAACAAAGGAAUUGACGACCCGACCGUGGGCGUCGUCAUCUGGGAGUGGAAAGACACAGACUUGCUGGGCAAGCCUUCAGACAAGCCUGUUGACGAGCGCGACUACAUCUGCAACGAUGAUACUAUCAACAUCAAGCUCUGCAACGAAACGCAAAAGGGCCAAUGGAUUCUCGCCGAUAACGCUGACCAGAUGUCGAAAAACUACAUCCGAACCUCCGCGGUCCAUCUGAAAGAACCCCAGGUCGCCAAAUACCCCGUAGCACAGAACGAAGAGAAGAGGAUACCCCUGCGGACUGGAUACUACUGCGUGGCGACGGCUGCAUACACCAAAGAUGUUGACUAUACCGCUAUAGUCACCUUUCAAAACGCCUAUGGCGAACUUCGCGCCGCGGAGAUCGCCAAGCUUCCAUUCUACGGCGGAAUCACCAUCGUAUACGCAGUUAUUGGCAUCUUCUGGGGCUUUCUCUAUUUCCAAAAUAGGCAUGACAUUCUGGCCGUCCAGAACUACAUUACAGCCAUCAUCGCAUUCUUGGUCCUGGAAAUGUUGAUGACCUGGGGUUUCUAUGACUAUAAGAAUCGCCAUGGGGACAAUGUGGGAGCGAAGGUGUUGAUGAUCGUCGUCGCGGUACUCAAUGCCUUCAGGAACUCGUUCUCAUUUUUCCUGCUUUUGAUCGUGUGCAUGGGUUAUGGUGUUGUCAAGACCUCGCUCGGCAAAACCAUGACGAUUGUGCGUUGGUUAGCUGUCGCCCACUUCGUUUUCGGUGUCAUCUAUGCAGUCGCCUCCCUCACUGUCCGACCCGAUGAUGCUGGCCCUCUGGUUCUACUUGUCAUUCUUCCAUUGUCGGCGACACUCACGGCGUUUUACAUCUGGACCCUUAACUCUCUUAACCUAACCAUGAAAGAUUUGAUGGAGCGCAAGCAGCACGUUAAGGCGGAUAUGUACAAGAAGCUCUGGUGGUGUAUCCUGGGAAGCAUCGUUGUUAUCUUUGGAUUUUUCUUCAUCAACAGCUUCACCUUUGCCGGAGCAUCAAGCCCUGAGUUUGCGCCCACGCAUUGGCAAACUAGGUGGUUCGUUCUCGACGGCUGGUUGAACCUGGUUUAUCUGGCCGAUGUAUGUUUCGUGGCUUACAUGUGGAGACCCACGGUGAACAACAGACGAUUUGCCAUGAGCGACGAGAUUGCACAAGAUGACGAGGGCUUCGAGAUUGCAUCUCUGCGUGAUUCCCUGGAUGAGGAAGAAGGUGGUGGCGACCACCCGCCAGCAUACGAUCCUGCACCAAGGAAUCGAAACGAAGGCCCUUCAAACUUCAACCGGGAUGUUUCUCCUCUGCCUGCACCCAAACCUCAGAAGCCCGUGAUACCACCUCGGGAGAGUCUUGAUGGUGACACCAUAUUUGCUGUCGGAGAUGAUGACAAGUGGAGUGACGAUGAAUUAGAGCCCGCGAGUCCAACAGACGGCGAUGAGCGUGCACGGCUGACUAGGAAAAACGACUGAGUGUUUUCAACUUUGUAUAGUUUCGUUAUGAUCAAGACGUCUUGCUGGUGUAGGUUCCUUGGGCUGCGAACGAUUUGAGCAGCAGCGGCGUAGAAUAUCGGGCAUUUGUAUUGUUUGGCAAGUUCAUUGGGAUCAUAAUUCUGACCCUCGAUAUCUGCAGCUAGGGCAUUUUAGGCGUUCCUCAUGUAAACACAAUGAUUCUCCAAAAGUCCUGCCGACCGAUCUAUCGAGCAAACGUGUUUGUAUGCCACAAAGGCCAGCGAGCUGCUAUGAUUAGGUAAAUCCUAGGUGUCAGACAACAAAUCUUAGGUGUCCGACAAGUAGGAUUUACCCUAUGAUUACUGUUCUGUCGUACGUGAGGCAGUUGCUGG